UAGAUCUCCGGUGGGUCUGCUGUAUUUUUUUGGGUGGUGGUUCCGUCCACUGCACUCCAAAACCGAAUUGCUAUUUCCCUUGAAAAUCUCUUCUCCUCUUACUUCCAUCUUCUACUCUUCUUCUUCUUCUUCUUCUUCUUCUCCUUCUGUUUCUUCCGUAUAAAGAAACAAGGAGCAAAGCGAGAUUUCAGAAACAGAGAAGAAAAAAAAAGCCCUAAUUCCAUCUUCAUUCAUCUCUCUCUCUCUCUUUGUUAACGUGCUUCUGGAUUCUUUGCAAGAAGUGGAGGAGAAGAAGGGUCUGACUAGGUCAAUUUGGCGAAGAAGAGAGAGGGGGAAGAGUGGAAGAUGAAGUCGCAGCAGGGGUCGUUCGGCCGGCGAACGAAUAGCUUCCGAGGCGUACUGUCUGAGGGCGUUGCAGAUGGCACCGCGAAGUCGCCGGUGGGGCUUUUCUGGCUUCUCCUUCACGGCCUCUGCUGCAUCAUCAGCCUCGUCCUUGGGUUUCGCUUCUCCAGGCUCAUCUUCUACGUCCUCUUCUCUGCCUCCGCCACCACCAGGCUGAGUACCACCGGCACGACAGUCGCCACUGAUCUCUCUGCCCAGACUCUUCUCAACGUCCAGCCAGAGAGGCUGCUCACGCUUCAAUCUGUGCCACGACCGUCGCCGCCGCCUUCAUCCCUUCAGUCGCCUCCGGCGAGGAGCAAGGUGGUGGUCGGUCGCCAUGGGAUCCGAAUCCGGCCGUACCCACAUCCGAAUUCGGAAGAGGUGAUGAGGGCGCACAUGCUGAUCGAUCGGGUUCAGGCCGAGCAGAGGAGGGUUUAUGGAGUGAAGAAGUGGAAGAGGUUGGUGGUGAUCACUCCCACCUACGUCCGGACGUUCCAGACCGUGCAUCUUACCGGACUAAUGCACACGCUGAUGCUCGUCCCCGGCGACCUCACCUGGAUCGUCGUAGAGGCCGGCGGAGUUUCCAACGAGACAGCCUCGUUGAUCUCCUCUUCCGGACUGGAUAUGGUCCAUGUGGGUUUCAAUGAGCAGAUGCCCAUCUACUGGGAAGGUCGACAUCUGAUGGAGGCAAGAAUGCGUCUUCAUGGUCUGAGAAUUGUGAGGGAGAAGAGAUUGGAUGGGAUUGUGAUGUUCUGCGAUGAUAGCAACAUGCACAGUUUGGAGUUGUUUGACGAGGUUCAGUCUGUGAAAUGGGUGGGUGCCCUUUCCGUUGGCAUACUAGCACACUCUGGCAGAUUGGAAGGAGCCAAUGGCGGUGAGAUCUCCGGUGAAAACCUUGAUGGGGUUGGCAAUAAGGAGGAGGAGCAGACCGCACCUCUUCCUGUUCAGGGCCCUGCUUGUAACUCAUCGGGGCAGUUGGUUGGUUGGCAUACCUUUAAUUCCCUUCCUUACAUGCACAAGAGUGCUGCUUUGAUCGAUGAUGGUGCGACUGUGUUGCCCAGAAAGCUCGAAUGGGCUGGUUUUGUUCUGAAUUCCAGGUUGGUAUGGAAAAAUGGUGAUCUGGAGGUUGGUACGAAACCAGAGUGGGUGAAAGAUUUGGACGAGAUCAAUGAAAAUGGAGAUGUCUGGGAGAACCCAUUAUCGCUUUUGAAGGACGCUACAUUUGUUGAACCGCUUGGCAAAUGUGGACGAAAGGUUAUGAUCUGGUGGCUUCGUGUAGAGGCACGAGCGGACAGUAAAUUUCCUCGAGGAUGGAUAAUUGAUCCCCCCUUAGAGAUUGUUGUUCCUGCAAAGAGAACUCCCUGGCCUGAUGUGCCUCCAGAACUUGCAAGUGUAUCUACCGCAAGGAAGGGUCUAAUUGGGGAUCACACAGAGAAGCGUAAGGCUCCGAGAAAAAAACGUUCCACCCGCACUAAAAGGAAGCAUGGGCAACAGGAAGAUGUACUACGUGGUUCUGGUGCAUCUGGCGGCCAUGGCCAUGUAGAGAAAAGAUGAUAGCUCAUCUCAGCAUGAAAUAUUGCAGGUGUGUGCAACAAAAUUGUUUCAGCCCAGGAUUUUAAGACCUGCAUACGGUUACAGUUUGGCGAACUGUUGGCAAAGCUGAUGCCUCUGGCUCAUCUUUCAGAAGAUUGUCAUUUGAGUUUAGCUUUAACAGAAAUUUGUAAGUAGUCCUGGGUAUUCUUUUGAUCUUGGUCGCGCAAAGCUCAAGUGUGUAUUAUGCUGGAAUUGGGAAGUUCGGUGGUAUUAUGGGUACAUGAAGGACGUAUCACCAUUGCACCGGGGUUUUACUUUGCUGAUUUUUAGUGCAAGAUUUUGUCAAACAGGGAUCGCUUUCUGUGCUGUAUCUUCACAGAACCUUCUCUAUGCCCCCCCUGGUCUGUGGGGUCUGCAUGGUUAUUUUUAGUUGUAACCAGGGGAUCUUGCGCAUGCCAUUUUUAUAAAUGAAUUUAAGAUUCUCUGUAGCACGCA